UUAUGGCAACUGGGCCUAUACUUCCGAAAGUUUUAUUUAUUCUUUAGGUAAUGGAAAGGAUUCAAAAAAUUUUAAUAUUAGUCGAGUUCGAGAUAGUAAUUAUGCGAUGUACGAAUCGCAUUAUGUUAAUAUGACAUUAAAUUUUGGCAAUAGUGAUUUGGUUAUCAAUGGGAAUACUGCACAGGAACUUGUUGAAGAAUUAGGAGAAUUACCUUAUGAAGAAGAUGAUGAUAGAGCCGUCGGUGAUCGGGUGAGAGAUCCUAUCGGUAAAGCGGGGUAUCGACGAAAUAAUUGUCAG